AUGUCCUUUCGUCUUUUAAGCUGGAGUCCAAAGCAUUUUCGCAAUGGGACGACUUGGUUCGGUAGAAUAUUUUGCAAGCUCAUCGGGGAGCAAAAAUAUGACAAUGUCCGUGUAUGGAAGCGCACAAUGUACGCAGAAUGGUGGUACUUAAAGCAAUAUUACUUACAUUGGGUUUCCGUCAAUAAGGCAGACUGGGCAAACUUCUUUGCCAUUCUUCCUAAGACUGACUCCUCUCAUGGCUUCCCUUGGAAAGAAACUCCAUCAAGAUAUGCACAAUUCGGUGAGGAUACAACCAACUCUGAUGGUUAUGGAGGUUGGUAUACCUAUAUUUGGGUCGCUGGUGCAGCACUGUGGAAUGCUUAUAUCUACGCUUGGCCUAGAAGGUUCGAAAACUCUUAUGAUUUCUUAGCAGAAGAAAGCAAGCCAAGACAAAUCUACGUUGAUGGGUUCCAAGCAGCAAAUAUCGAUCAAACUCUGACUUUUUGGUUUGGAUAUUGGGAAUCGCUAUUGACUCCUCAUAAGUUCGAGUGGUUCAGAAAUGAAAGAGCGAUUUUCUUUGGGCCUGACUCAAGAAUUAUGCCGACUACAAUUACCCUAAAUAGAAGAAACACGUUCUUUGACCACUAUUGGCAAGAGACUGGAGAAUCCCAAGAAAUGCUUUAA